CCGAGACCUUAGACAACUAUAUGCUUUUUGGCGCUGUAUUCUACCUUCCCGCAACAAGCGGUUAGCACGACUGUCAUUAUAGUAAUUUAUCAGCAAUAAGCAACACGUUAUUUUUUUAGAUGCUUUAUUGUGACAGGGUUACGGGUCUGUUUUAAAUAUGGCGGAGAAUCUAAGUACUAUUCUUUCUGAAAUCACUACUUGCAAAUCACCAAAAGAGGCUACGGAAAAGUUUUCAAACUUGCUCAAAUCUCUUCCUCAGUCUUCCGAUAGUUUACUAGCUGAUAUAACUACAAUCGUCAACACAAUUUCUCAGGAUAUGGUGACAGUUAUAGCGGCCAGGAAGUUUUGUGAUGAACUUAUAAACUUUGUGAAUCAAGUUCCUGAUAAUUCUUUAGCGAUUAGUGCAUUGCAAAUUCUACUUUCUCGAAUGCAGUCAAGAAAUAUUGCUUUUGAAUCUCAAUUGGUUGAACUACGUGAUUCACUUUCUAAGCGAUUAGAAGCUGUGGGAAACCUUCGUGAAGCCGCUAAUGUUUUGUCUGAUAUACCAUUAGAGAGUGGACAACGAGUCUAUGGAGUAAAUUAUAAAUUGGACAUCUAUUUGAGAAUAGCCGAAUAUUUCUUGAAAAUUCAUGAAAUUCAAGAAGCUGAAGUUUUUGUAAAUCGGGCAUCUUUGCUGCAACCGGAAUGUCAAAAUCAGCAACUGUUGGUUCGGUACAAGAUAGCCUAUGCACAUUUAUUGGAUUUAAAGCAAAAAUUCCUCGAAGCUGGUCAACGUUAUGCUGAAUUGUCCAUAAGAUUUCCAUGGCUUGAUGAUUCCGAGCGUUUGGCCUUUAUAGAACGUGCGUUAGCAGCUGCCUUACUUUCAAGUGCUGGUCAACAACGUUCUAGAUUAUUAGCUACUUUAUAUAAAGAUGAACGGUGCCAAACUUUCGAUGCCUAUCCAAUUUUAGAAAAUAUGUUUAUGGGACGUUUAAUCAAUCGUUCAUCACUCUCCAGUUUGGAGCCUUUGCUUAAGAAAUAUUAUCCUCAUUUAUUACAGUCUUCAUUACAAGAUUCUUCGGGAAUAACUUCAAGUAUUCAAGAUCAGUCGGGGAAAUUGUCAUCCAUAACUUCAUCUUCUGUACAAAAACUGCUUGAACGAGCUUUAAUUGAACAUAACAUGUUAGCUGCCAGUCUAAUCUAUAAUAAUAUCAGUUUGGAGAAUUUAGGUCUUCUUUUGGAAAUAUCUGCAAGUGAGGCUGAAUCUAUCGCCUCUCAAAUGAUUAGUGAAGGAAGAUUAAUUGGUAAACUUGAUCAAAUUGAUGGUGUUAUUCAUUUUGAAAGCAGAGAUCCUGGUGUUUCAUCUUGGAGUAUGCAUAUUCAAAGUUUAUGUACAGCUGUUAAUCGUAUAGUUGAAGAUAUUGAAGCCGCACAUCCUGAUUGGGUUCAUUCUCAUUUGAAUUCCAGAAUGGUUAUAGAUCCACCAGUAUGAAAUAAUUAAACAUAUUGUUUAUCUUCUGUCCUAGAACACAUCACUAAUUCCCAUUUAUUUUAAAAAAUAUAGUUUUCGUAAAUUCAUUGAGCUUUGUGUUUUACUUUGGUCCUUUAUUUUAUCCGAUAAGAAACUCCGUUUAAUGUUGAUGUAUUAUGCCUGUUUCUUUUUAUUCUGAAUAAAAUUGUAUGAAUCUAAAUCUCAGAUAAUUUAUUCAAAUUAUCAGUAAUUUGAAGGUAUUAUUGAGAAAAAUUGAGACAAUCCAGCUAAAUCAUUGGAUAAUGUGACCAUUUCACCAACAGUAGUAAAGAAGAUCAAAGUUUACUCAAUAUUUAAUAAAUAG